UUCCUGAGACAGAGAAACCAGUAAAUUCCACAGCUCAGACGACAAACCAUAGGAUGGAUCCUAGAUGUAAAACAGUAGAUCCAGAUAAGGAUCUUGUGGACUGGCACAAACCAUUGCUCUGGCAGGUGGGCCAUUUGGGGGAGAAAUAUGACGAGUGGGUGCAUCAGCCAGUGGACCGGCCAAUUCGCUUUUUCCAUUCAGAUUUCAUAGAGUCCCUCUCUAAAACAGCAUGGUACAUCGUUAUCAUGGUGUGGAUCCCUGUGGUGCUGUAUCUCAGCUGGGUCUGCUACACGUCUCUUGCACAGGGAACUACCAGACUUUUUUCGUCAUUCACAACAGAGUACUCCAUCCCUGUGCACAAGUACUUCUUCCCAUUCAUCUUCGUGCUGGGAAUGUUCCUGUGGUCCUUAAUAGAGUAUCUCAUCCAUCGCUUUCUCUUCCACAUGAAGCCACCUGCUAGUAACUAUUAUCUCAUCACACUGCAUUUCUUGUUGCAUGGCCAGCAUCACAAGUGUCCGUUUGACAGCUCCCGUCUGGUCUUCCCUCCUGUGCCUGCAUCGCUGGUGAUUGGGUUUUUCUACACCCUCUUGCGCCUGCUGCUCCCUGAAGCAGUUGGCAUGUCCAUGUUUGUCGGCGGGCUGUUUGGUUAUGUUGUCUACGACAUGACUCAUUACUACCUGCACUACGGCUCGCCAAAGAAAGGCACCUACCUGUACGGGCUGAAGGCUUAUCACGUGAAGCACCACUUCGAACACCAAAAAUCAGGCUUUGGCAUCACCAGUCGAUUUUGGGACCGUCCAUUUAAAACACUAAUCCCAGAGGAAACCUUUGAGAAAGAGGAUUAACAUCCAUGGCUCCCCUGCUUGGCAUCUGGCUCCUGUGUCCCUGGUGUGCCACGCUGCCACCUCCCCUUCCACCAGCACAGGACGUUGUGGGGGGGCAUCCACCUUUGCAGAACUGAAUGACUGGGAGUAAAGGCCCCUCGACCAUGGAGGGAGAACUCUGCUCUGUGUUGCUGGCUUCUGUCACUCUGACCUCAUGGCCUCUGCCCAGCUCCUGAGAGGCAGCGGCGCCUGUGAGUUUAAAGGCAGGUAUUUCUCCUGAGAGGGAUCUACACAGUGUUCUCUAAUGAUGCCUUAAAGGUCGUCAUGCCCCUCAGCGUGGAGCAGUAACUUUGUGUGUUUGCAGUGAGUCCGCCAGGAGAAGAGGUGGCUGCUGUGUAAGUGCUCUGGGUUUCUUUGCUCUGAGCUCAUCAGCAAGGAGGGAGGAAGGAAUGGGGACAAGAACUAACUGCCAAGUCAUGAGCUGCAUCUAAACCAUCCUUGCAACCUGCGUUGUAAACACCACAGCAGGCUGCAACCAGCUCUGGGGGGAGCUGCAGCUCAGGGAGACUUCAGAUCCCAUGAUGCACUAAAUUCUGCAUCCAACUGUCCUGGCCCAGUGCUGAACUGGCCGUUCUGGUCAAGAGGAAGCAUUACAUGCUGUGACCUGUAUUCUCUAUGGGUGGCAUCUCCCCAUUCCAGAUGGGAAAGGGGAGUCUGGGCCUUAGGGGAAGACUCGGCAGGCAGCCACAUGCAGUCCCACUGUUGGCGCUGGAGUGAAGGGAUAGAUGCUUCAGCUCUCCAAAUGCCAGGGGCUGGCCCCACUCCCAAGGGCUUGUUAAUUCCAAGUGAAGCAUGGCAGUACACAGAGGAGGAGGGGCUGCCACUCUGUUGGACACUGGCUUCCCGUCCUGCUCGACAAUUGGGGCCCAGUGCUGUC